GUGAAAGUGAAAGUAAACUGCAGCAGAAUAACAGACUCGCCGUUAAUGCGGUGCUGCACAGGAACAGGAAGAAAGCUUCAAAGCGUGGUUGAUCUCGCGCACUUUUCCCUGACAUUGAUGCUAAUCACAAGAAUCUCUUCUACAGCAGCACCACAGGCAACAAUUAUCUUUAACACAACUCGUAUUUUUGUCGAAAUCAUUUCUGGACAUGAUGUAGCCUGCAAAAGAUAACCAAAGGAAAUAAACGCGCAUUUGCUGAAAGGCAAAAGAUCUGGCCCCACUGAACAACUGCAUCAACAGUGGCUUGCCAGUAAAAAGAAAAGGAUUAAGAGUGAAGCAGACGUUUAACUUUCUGACAGAAUGUCGGGGGAGUGUGAGGAAACCAGAACCACUGAAAUGAGUCUUUCAGAGGGGCAACGUAAGCAUCAAAAAGGAAAUGAGGAAAGACCAAAAUCUCCUGAAACCAGCUGUGUGUCCUUUAAGAGUGACCAGUCAAAGCCACUCUCUAUCAACUUUAAAGAGGGAACAGCUUCUCAGGACAGAGGAACUGUAGCCAGCUGUGUGUCCUUUAAGAGUGACCGGUCCAAGCCAAUCUCUAUCAACUUUAAAGAGGAAACAACCUCCCAGGAAAUGAAUUCCUCUUCAUCUUUAAAGGGGGACCAGCCUCUCAGAGGACCUGUAGCUAGCUGUGUGUCCUUUAAGAGUGACCGGUCCAAGCCAAUCUCUAUCAACUUUAAAGAGGAAACAACCUCCCAGGAAAUGAAUUCCUCUUCAUCUUUAAAGGGGGACCAGCCUCUCAGAGGAACUGUAGCCAGCUGUGUGUCCUUUAAGAGUGACCGGUCCAAGCCAAUCUCUAUCAACUUUAAAAAGGAAACAACCUCCCAGGAAAUGAAUUCCUCUUCAUCUUUAAAGGGGGACCAGCCUCUCAGACAAAAUUCCCCCCUAGCUAAACAGCUAAGGCAUACACCUGACAAAACAACUGACAAAACAACAGGGAUACUCUCUAAGGAAAGAGAUCAUAUUGAGCCUGAGGCUGCUGUGAAAACUGCCAAAUUAGAGAAGAAGAUUACAGACUUUCUCUACAACAUCUUCAAUGAUCUCGAAAAUAAAAUGAUAGUAUUUAUAAAACAUGAGCUCGAGAUGUUUAAGAAACUUCUGACAGAGAAAAACACAAAAUAUUAUGGAGAGGUGAGGGAUGAUCUGUGGAGUAUUAAAGAAGCAGCUCUUGAUAUGGCAUUGUACUUUCUAAAGAUGAUGGAACACAAUGACCUCGCUGAUGCACUCCAAGAUGCACUAAUAGGAUUUCAGCAGCGUGCACUCAGAACAAACCUGUGUAAGAAGUAUCAACAUGUAUGGGAAGGAAUUGCAAAGCAAGGAGAGUCCAACAUACUUAACAAGAUCUACACAGAUCUGUACAUCACUGCUGGUGGAAGUGGACAAAUAAAAGAAGAACAUGAAGUGAGACAAAUUCAAAGACAAAAAACUAGUGUGAAAACUGAAGAAAUUCAAAUGGAGCAAGAGGAACAAAUUGAAUGCAAGAACAUGUUCGAACCAUUAUCUGAAGAAGACAAACCCAUCAGAACUGUGGUGAUGCAGGGGGUCGCUGGCAUCGGAAAAUCCAUCUGUGUGCAGAAGUUUGUUCUAGACUGGGCUGAAGGGAGAGACUAUCAGGACAUCAAGUUCAUAUUUCCAUUGCCUUUCAGAGAACUGAACCUGAAGGAGAAGGAAGUGUGCAGUUUGAGGGACAUCAUCUAUCAUUUUUUCCCAAAAGCAAAAGGAAUGAGAUUCACAAAUAGGUACAAAGUCAUGUUUAUCUUUGAUGGCCUAGAUGAGUGUCGACUUCCUCUAAAAUUCAAUGAAAAUGUGAAGUGGACUGAUCCAUCAAUGCCAGCUUCACUGGACACUGUAAUGACGAACCUCAUUGAAGGAAAUCUACUUCCCUCUGCUCUCAUCUGGAUCACCACUCGACCAGCAGCAGCUGCUAAGAUCCCUGCUGAACAUGUGGACCGGGUCACAGAGGUGCGUGGCUUCAAUGAUGUACAAAAGGUGGAGUACUUCAGAAACAAAAUCAGCGAUGAGAGUCUGGCCAACAGAAUCAUUGACCAUGUUAAAGGAUCAAGAAGCCUCUUCAUCAUGUGUCAUAUUCCAGUUUUCUGUUGGAUUUCAGCUACUGUACUGGAAGGGAUUUUGGGAAGUACAGACAGUGAAGACAUUCCACAGACUCUGACGGAGAUGUACACAUGCUUUCUGAUCUUUCAGACCGUACAGGGGGACAAGAAAUACAAUAGAAAGUAUGCCUCAGAUAUUCCAUGGGAUAAAGAGGGAAUUCUUUCACUGGGAAAACUUGCUUUUAGUCACCUGGAAAAAAACAACCUGAUUUUCUAUGCAGGAGAUCUAGAAGCCUGUGGAAUUAAUCCCAGUAAAAUAGCAGUGUACUCAGGAGUGUGCACUCAGGAGACAGGCAGAUUUCUUGGCACAGUUUUCAGCUUUGUGCAUCUCAGCAUUCAGGAGUUCAUUGCUGCCUUAUUUACUUAUGUAUUUCUCAGAAAUGAAAACAAGAAUGUUUUUGAACAACCAGAAGACAGCAGAGAAACAAAAGUUUUAGAUUUGCUCAAGAUUACAGUGGACAAGGCUUUGGUGAGUGACAAUGGACACUUGGACCUUUUCCUCCGCUUCCUUCUGGGCCUGUCAUUGGAGUCUAAUGAGAAGCUCAUUCGAGGUCUGCUGACAAACACAGGAAGCAACUCUGACUGCCAAAAGGACAUAGUUGAGUACAUCAAGUCCAAACUUGAACAAAAUCCAUCUCCAGAGAGAUCAAUCAAUCUGUUCUACUGUCUGAACGAGUUAAAUGAUGAUUCAUUAGUGAAAGAGAUCCAAAGCUACAUGAGCUCAGGACGUCUUUCUGAAGCUGAACUCUCACCUGCUCAGUGGUUUGCUCUGGUCUUUGUGUUGCUGACAUCAGAGGAGGAUCUGGAAGUAUUUGAGUUACAGAAGUUCAUAAGAUCAGAUGAAUGCUUUAAGAGACUGCUACCAGUCGUCCAGGAAGCCACAACAGCUCUGCUCAGUGAGUGUAACCUGACAGAGAGAAGCUGCUCGGCUUUACACACAGUUCUCAGCUCAGAAUCCUCCAAGCUGACUGAGGUGGAUCUGAGCAGUAAUCCACUUCAGGACUCAGGAGUGAAGCAGCUUUGUGCUGGACUGAAGAGUCCAAACUGUAAACUGGAGAAACUGAGUCUUUCAGACUGCAGUAUAAAAGGGGAAGGAUAUGAUGCUCUGGCUGAAGCUCUGAGAUUGAACUCCUCAUCACACCUGAUAGAGCUGGAUCUCAGAGGAAACGACCCUGGAGAAUCAGGAGUGAAGCUGCUCACUGAUUUACAACAGGAUGCAAACUGUAAACUAACUAUACUGAGGCUGCUGAAGAGUCCCGAUGCAGAGAAGGCUUUUGUUUUUCUGACUGAGGUUCUGGGUAAAAACCCCUUACUGCAAAAAGAACUGGAUCUGAGUGGAAAAAUAAACGGAGACUCGGGAGUGAAGCAGCUCUCUGCUCUACUGGAGGAUUCACACUGUAGACCUGAGAAACUUAUGCUAAAGGACUGCGGUGUUACAAAAGAAGGCUGUUCUGCUUUGACUUCAUCUUUUCAUUCAAAUCCUGCACACAUACGAGAGCUGGAUCUGAGUGAGAAUAAAUUUGGAAACUCUGGAGUGCAGAAGCUUUGUGCACUGCUGCAACAUCAGCCCUGUAACCUGCAGAUACUGAGACUUUCAGACUGCAGUAUAACAAAGGAAGGUUACGCUGCUCUGGCUGAAGCUGUGAAAUCAUCACACCUGAUAGAGCUGGAUCUCAGAGGGAACGACCCUGGAGCAUCAGGAGUGAAGCUGCUCACUGAUUUACUACAGGAUCCAGACUGUAAACUAGAGAAACUGAAAUUGUUGAAAAGUCCUGAAGCAGAGGAAGCCUGUAAUGUUCUGACUAAAGUUCUAGGUACAAACCCCUUACUGCAGACGGAUCUGAAUCUGAGUGGGAAAAUAAAAGGAGACUCAGGAGUGAAGCAGCUCUCUGCUCUACUGAAGGAUUCACACUGCAGACCUGAGAAACUUACACUUACUGAAUGUGGUCUAAUGGUGGAAAGCUGUCAAGCUCUGGCUGAAGUUCUCAUUUCACACCUCUGUUUUCUAACUGAGCUGGACUUGAGUAACAAUAACCUACAGAAUUCAGGUGUCCAGCAAUUAUCUGAAGGACUGAAGAAUCAAAGAUGUAUCCUGAAGAUAUUAAGACUUUCAGACUGCAGUAUAACAGAGGAAGGAUACGCUGCUCUAGCUCAAGCUCUGAGAUUGAACUCCUCAUCACACCUGAUAGAGCUGGAUCUCAGAGGGAACGACCCUGGAGAAUCAGGAGUGGAAAAGCUUACUGAUAUACAAAACGAUCAAAAUUACCAACUGAAGAUACUUAGUUUGUUGAAAAGUCCUGCUGCACAAGAGGCCUGUACUUGGCUAGAUAAAGUUUUAGGUCAAAACUCUUUACUCCUAAAAGAGCUGGAUCUGAGCAUGAAGGAACCAGGAGACUCGGGAGUGAAGCAGCUCUCAGCUCUACUGGAAGACUCACACUGUAAAUUUAAGAAAAUUAAGGUGAAUAAAUGUAAUCUGACUGUGGAGAGCUGUUCAGCUUUAGCCAGCGUUCUCAAAUUAAAGUCCUGUAGUGUGAUAGAGCUGGACCUGAGCAACAACAGUCUGCAGGAUUCAGGAGUCACUCAGCUUUCUGCUGGACUGAAAAGUUCUCAGUGUAACCUAAAGAUUUUGAGGCUUAACACAUGUGAUUUAAUGGAAGACAGCUGUUCAGCUCUAGCUGAAGUUCUCAGCUCUGAAUAUUCCCAGCUGAGAGAGCUGGACCUGAGCAACAACAAGCUGCAGGAUUCAGGAGUCACUCAGCUUUCUGCUGGACUGAAAAGUCCUAAGUGUAAACUGGAGAAUCUGAUGCUUAAUACAUGUGCUAUAACUGCUGGAAGCUGUUCAGCUCUAGCUGAAGUUCUCAGCUCUGAAUAUUCCCAGCUGAGAGCGCUGGACCUGAGCAACAACAUUCUGCAGGAUUCAGGAGUCACUCAGCUUUCUGCUGGACUGAAGAAUCCACAGUCUCGACUCACAAUAAUGAGACUGUGUAACUGCAGUGUAGCAGCUGAAGGCUGUGCUGCUUUGGCUAAAGCUCUGGAAGAAAAUCCCUCACAUCUCGUAGAGCUGGAUCUGAGCGGGAAUAAAGUAGGAGACUCUGGAAUAAAGCAGAUCUCUAAUCUACUACAGAACUCACACUGCCUCCUAGAAAAACUCAAAGUAACUGACAAUAAUAUCAGAGGAGAAGGAUACGCUGCUCUGGCUGAAGCACUGAAAUCGUCCCACGUGACAGAGCUGGAUCUCAGAGGGAACGACCCUGGAGCAUCAGGAGUGAAGCUGCUCACUGAUUUAGAACAGGAUCCAGACUGUAAACUAAAGACACUGAGGUUGUUGAAAAGUCCUGCUGCACAGGAAGCCUAUGAUUUACUUUAUAGUGUUCCGAGUGAGAACCCUUUACUGCAGAGAGAACUCAAUGUGAGUGGGAAAAUAAAAGGAGACUCACAGGUGAAGCAGCUCUCUGCUCUACUGGAGGAUUCCCACUGCAGACCGGAGAUACUCAAGGUAAAUAACAGCCAGAUGACAACUGAAGGAUGUGCUGCUCUGGCAUCAGCUCUGUGUUUAAACCCCUCACACCUGAGAGAGCUGGAGCUGAGUGGGAAUAGACUGGGAGGAUCAGGAAUGAAGGAGCUCUGUGGCGUGCUGCAGCAUCAACACUUUAAACUGCUGAAACUGGGGUUGUGUAAGUGCAGUCUUACUGAGGAAGAUUGUGCUGCUGUUGUAUCGGCUCUGAGAACAAACCCCUCACACCUCAAGGAGCUGGACCUGAGUGAGAAUAAAAUUGGAAACACAGGAGUGAAGGAGCUCUCUGCUCUACUGCAGAACUCAAACUGCACUCUGGAGAAACUGAAACUAAAUAACUGUAGUCUCACAGAAAAAGAAUGUACUGAUCUGGCUAAAACUCUGGAAUUAAACUCCUCAUCACAUCUGAAAGAGCUGGAUCUCAGAGGGAACUACAGUGUGCCAAUGUGGAAUAUUUUUAGUUAUUUUCUAGGGAAUUCAAACUCUAAAUUGAUUGUGAGAAUCUUGAGUCCUGAAGCAGAAGAGGCCUGUGAUUCUCUGACUAAAGUUCUGGGUAAAAACCCCUUACUGCAGAAGGAUCUGGAUCUGAGUGGGAAAAUAUCCGGAGACUCAGGAGUGAAGCAGCUCUCUAUUCUACUGAAGGAUCCACAGUGUAGAACUGAGAAACUCAGGCUGAGUAAGAGCGGUAUUACACAGAGAGGCUGUACUGAUCUGAUAUCAGCUCUUACUUCAAACCCUUCAAACCUGACAGAGCUGGACCUGAGUGAGAAUACACUGGGAAAGCCAGGAGUGGAUAAGAUCUCUACUCUACUAAAGAGUUCAUCCUGCAAACUCCAGAAGCUUGUGCUUUCAUACUGCAGUAUAACAGGAGAAGGAUACACUGCUCUGGUUAAAGCUCUGAAGUCAUCACACUUGAUAGAACUGGAUCUCAGAGGGAACGACCCUGGAGAAUCAGGAGUGAAGGAACUUAGGAAUUUGAUGAAGGAUGCAAAAUGUAAACCUAAGACAUUGAGGUUGUUGAAAAGUCCUGAUGCGCAGAAAGCUUAUGAUCAUCUGACUAAAGUUCUGGGUAUAAACCCGAUACUGCAGACGGAUCUGGAUCUGAGUGGGAAAAUAAAAGGCGAUUCAGAAGUAGAGCAACUCUCUGCUUUACUGAAGGAUCCACACUGCAGACCUGAAAAACUUCAGCUCAGUGGGUGUAAUCUGACAGAUAAAGGAUGUUCAGCUCUGCUCUCAGCUCUCAGAUCAGAAUCCUCCACCCUGAAGGAGCUGAAUCUGAGUAAGAACAGGAUUCAGGAUUCAGGAGUGAAGCUGCUUUCUGCAGAACUGAAGAAUCCACACUGUAAACUGGAGACUGUGAGACUUUCAGACUGCAGUAUAACAGAGGGAGGAUACGCUGCUCUGGCUGAAGCUCUGAAAUCAAACCCCUCAUCACACCUGAAAGAGUUGGAUCUCAGAGGGAACGACCCUGGAGAAUCAGGAGUGAAGCUGCUCACUGAUUUACUACAGUAUCGAAAUAACAAACUGACACUGAGGUUGUUGAAAAGCACUGAAACAGAUGAAGCCUACAAAUCUCUUACUAAAAUUUUCAGUAAAAACCCCUCACUGCACAGGGAGCUGGAUCUGAGCAACAAAACACCUAAAGACAUCAAAGUGAAUCAGCUCUCGGCUCUGCUGCAGGAUCCACAUUACAGACUGCAGAAACUUACGUUAUAUAAAGAAGGCAGUAUUAAAGAGGAUGACUGUGCAAAUUUGACUUCUGCUCUGGUUUUAAAUCCUUCACACCUGACAGAGCUGAAUCUAAACGGGAAUAAACCAGGAGAGUCUGGACUGAGAAAUCUGUGCGACUUCUUGAAGAAUCCUAAAUGCAAAGUGCAGAAACUACAACUAUGUAAGAGUGUAAGUGAGAAAUCCUGCGCUGAUUUGGCUCAAGCUCUCUGUACAAAUCCAUCACACAUCAGAGGGCUGGAUCUGAGUGAGUGUAAACUAGGAGACUCAGGAGUGGAGAAGCUCUGUGAUCUACUGAAGACACAGGAGUGUAAACUGGAGACACUACGACUAUGUAAGAGUGUAAGUGAGAAAUCCUGCGCUGAUUUGGCUUCAGCUCUCUGUACAAAUCCAUCACACAUUAGAGGGCUGGAUCUGAGUGAGUGUAAACUAGGAGACUCAGGAGUGAAGAUGCUCUGUGAUCUACUGAAGAAAUGGGAGUGUAAACUGGAGACACUGCUGUUAAACAAGUGCAACAUAACAGAUGGAGGCGGUGCUGCUCUGACUGCAGCUCUGAGGUCCAACUCCUCACUGAAAGAGCUGGAUCUGAGAGAGAAUGAACUAAAAGAUUCAGUCACAAAGCAGCUCUCUGAGAUACUGAAGCGUUCAGGAGGACAGCUAAUAUAUGACAACACCACAUUGACAACAAAAGUGUGGAAUUUCUUCACUGGUAGUUAGUCUGAUGAACAGCCGAUUUCAGAACCUGAUUCCUCUACAAUAAACAUAGAAGGAAAAGGGAUGGAAAAAUGCAAGACACACAACAGGGAGAAAGCAGUGUGUAAGUUUAGCAAGCAGUGUGGACCAGGGAAGUUGUGGGACAGUCACUGACAUCAGAAGCCCAGAGACUUCAGGCAGUUUGUAUAACGCUGGACAGUAUAGUAGUACGCUUGUCACAAACUCAAGUAAUGCACCUAAGCAACAGAAAGGGGCAAAAUAAAAAGCACUCACACCUCCAAACCACAUAAAAAAAGCUACGUCUGAGUUAUAAGAGUGUUAAAACAUUUCACUUUUUUAACCUACUUUUUGCAAAUAUUAAGAACAGCCCUAUAAUACAUUUUAAAGAGCUUAAAAAAUAUAUAAGGGAUCACUGUUAACUUUUUCAUCAACUUGCCAAGGCCUGAAAAUCACUUAUCUGAAAAUCACUUACCUUGACCCACAUUUCUACCGUCCCAAACAAAUGUAUGUAUUAUACAGCGUUAUUUAAAUAUAAACUAAUCUCUGUAGCUAAUUAAUUAGUCAUGUACUGUACUCGUACAUUAUCAAAAUGGAGUUCCUUAUAACUUAUUUUAACUUUGCUGAAAGAGGUUUUUAAUAACAAAACACAAAAUUCAUCUUACAUGACUUCAGUUUUAGUUAACUCUGGUAAUAUAUGCUUAAUAAAUUAAAGUUAAAUAAAGUGCAGGUAAUGAACAAGUUUUCUUGACCACUGUCCAGUCCUGAUUAGUAAGCAUUGCAGGGAAUGAAUUACUUUUCCAAUGUGACUUGAUUCUUCUCCAUAAUAUUAACGUAACCAUUAGCAUCUAAAGUUAUGGAAUGUUACCUUACCUUCUGCAAGCCACAUCGGUACAGUAUUGGCUACCAGUUAGCUAGUGGCUUUUUCACUGUCAUGCAAGGCGAGAUGAGAGAUUUAUCAUGGUGCUCAAGCAACAAUUUUGUAAAAGUUGCAGUGCUGAAAAAAGACCCAGUUUUUUUUUUUUUUUUUUUUUUGCCUUGCUAUAGUAAGCUCUACAAACAGCGCAAAACACCUCUGGUACAGAAGAGCAGAAAUCAGCACAGGGAAACUUUUCCAUGAGGGAAUAAGGCUUCAGACUCACUUAGCCUCAUACUCCUGUUUCGCUAACAUUUUGCUGUAUGCCUCUGGCAACAAAUAGUGCACUUUGUUUAUUUUGACUGUGCAACUGGAUUAGACUUUUUUUUUUUUUGCAUUGCCAGAAGUUAAACCUUCUAGUGAAUCAAACUGACAUCAAUUAUAUUGUUCAACUAUUAUACAUUUGUUUCCCGGCAAAAUAUGUACUCAUGCAAAUGGACAAGAUAUUUUUCAUUUUGGUGUCCUGAUGUAGCGUUUUCCUUACUCUGGGAAUUCAGUCCUUAUUGCCGAACCCUGAAGUCUAUGGAGGACUCGUACUUCCUGUGAGUAUGCACUGCUGGACCAGUAUGUGUACAUGUGUUAUUAACAUGUUUAUGUAUACAAUAUGUUGGUACAUUCAUGUAACCAGACGAAGGACUGAACAAUGUGUGUUUAAUCAAAUAAACAGUGACAGCUGGAUUGUAAAAAUACACUUAACCCCAGCAAUAUGCUGAUUUAAUGACUGAUCUGUGUUUAAUAGUGGCUAUUUGGUAAGCUUUACUUGUUUCUGUCGUUUUAAAAUAUGAGUUUGAACUGAAAUAAUUUUGAAUUGAACUGAAUGAGAUUGUAAUGUUGUAUCUGAAUAAAGCUGUAAACAUCCA